CUCCUAACCCAAGCAAAUGAAAAGAGUAGAGCGUAUAUAAUGGCUUCUGCAUUCUGUUCAACAAGAGUUACAUCUGUCUUCUCUUCUUCCGCAAUACGACGGCGUUUGCCCCUAGUUGGGGCAUUUUGCGUGUUGAGCUUCGGCCUCUCCUCCCUCUCUUCUCCCCUCAAGACGGGUUGCGCUCAAUCUCUCCCCUUUGUACCUCUUUUGAGAUCAAAGUUUAGCACCCACUCGCAAGCUAAUACUGUCAAAAUGGAAGCAAGUGGCAACACUGUACCCAGUAUUGUUGUUUACGUUACUGUCCCUAAUCGAGAUGCAGGAAAGAAGUUGGCUCAUAGCAUAAUCAAAGAGAAACUAGCAGCAUGUGUGAACAUAGUGCCAGGUAUUGAAUCAGUGUAUGAGUGGAAGGGAGAGGUCCAGACAGAUCCAGAGGAACUACUUAUAAUCAAGACUAGGCAAUCUCUGUUGGAAGCACUGACAGAGCAUGUCAAGGCUAAUCAUGAAUAUGAGGUACCAGAAGUUAUCUCCUUGCCUAUUACCGGUGGCAGCAUCCCAUACCUAGAAUGGCUAAAGAAAAGCACAAGGGAUUGACUCAGGUGUGAGGCAAAAAUUUGAGCACAUGGACUUAGUGUGGCCCUAUGCUUUUCUUUGCAUCUUAUCCUUGUAAUUUGGCCUUAUAUACUUGAAACCUAUUACAUAUAUAAAGGAUCCAUGUGAAGGCCAUGUGCUGAAUUAAUAAAAUGUUUGGUUGGCUUUGUUGAAUAAAAUGUCAUUUGUGGCUUGA